AUGUCAAAAGACAUCGAGCUCCAACAAACACACACUUUCGACGGAGACUUUCUGAACAAGAAAGAAAGCGAAAUCGAAGGCCAAGUCCAAGAUCUCGAUGAAGCAAAUAUAUUCCUGCGACAGCACAACAUCACUCCAGAAUACAUAGCCGAGCUGCUAGACGACGAAGCAGCCAACAAACGCGUAUCCAGGAAAGUCGAUUUGCGUUUACUACCGCUACUAUGCGGCACCUAUUUUCUCCAAUUCAUCGACAAGCAAGCAAUCAGCUACUCCGCCGUAUUCGAUUUAUUCGAGACAACCGGCAUCACCGGCGCACAGUACUCAUGGCUAGGUUCCAUCUUCUACUUUGCCUACCUGGUAGCUGAGUGGCCAUCCGCAUAUCUUGCCCAACACUUCCCCACCGCGCGUGUUGUGUCCAUCUACUGCUUUUGCUGGGGCUCCGUCAUGCUGGUUACCGCUGCGACGAAUAACUUUGCGGGCUUUGCGGCUAUGCGGUUUUUGCUUGGUAUUUUUGAGUCUGUUGUUACGCCUGCGUUUAUGAUGAUUGUAGGUAUGUGGUACAUGGGUGACCAGCAACCCGCUCGCGCAGGCAUGUUCUACUGCUUCAACGGCAUGGGCGCCGCCAUCGGCGGCAUCCUCUUCUACGGUGUCGGCUACGCUAACAACUUUAUCGUCUGGAAGAUCAUCUACCUUAUCUGUGGGGGUAUGACGGUGCUCUGGUCCUUGCUCCUCUUCUUUAAACUACCCGAUAACAUCAUGUCCGCGAAGAACUUUUCUGUAGAGGAGAAAGCGCUGCUAAUUGCACGCGCGGCUAAGAAUCGUACCGGUGUGUACAAUCGCACUAUCAAGCCGCGCCAGAUCCUCGAGGCUUUGACAGAUGCGCAGAUCUGGUUGCUUUUUGUUUAUGUUCUUUUGAAUGAGGUUAUCAAUGGCGGUAUGUCCAACUUUGGUAAGUUGAUUAUCAAAGAUGUGGCUGGUGGCGAUGCGCUGCGUACGACGCUGUACGGUAUCCCGCAGGGCUUUGCGCAGGUAUUUUGGGUCUUUAGCGGUCCGUUUCUUGCUUCUCGUCUGCCGAAUGCGCGGACGUAUAUGAUGGCGCUUUAUAUCUGUCCUACGAUUAUCGGAACCACUUUGAUAUGGCAGUUGCCGCGAACGAAUCUGGCAGGGUGUCUUGCGGGCUACUAUCUGGUUGGUUCGUACGUGGGCGGACUAGUAAUCGCACUCCAGUUCCCCGCCUCCAACGUCGCCGGAUACACGAAGCGGACGACGGGAACUGCGUUUGUUUUCCUGGCCUAUUGUAUUGGUAACAUCAUCGGACCCCAAGCAUUCCUAGCCAAAGAAGCCCCCAUCUACGAAACAGGCGUCAGAACAGUCUUAGCUUGCUCAGUUGCCCAAUUCUUUCUGGCCUUCGCCAUACGCGCCUUGCUCGCGCGACGGAACGCCCAGCGCGACCGGGAAGAAGCUGAAGGCCUGCAAGAUCGUACUGCCAGCGAAAUGGGCAUCAUUGAGGAUGCUACAGACUUUAAUAAUCGAAAGUUUCGAUAUAGGCUGUAG